CUGCCUCAGUCCAGACUUCAGCUACAGACCGACAGACUACAGCGGCGGAGGCAGGCAGUUCGCCUUUGUUAGCUAGCCUGAAAACACCAAGAAAAAAGACAGAGCCGCAUCAAUGCACUAGCACACUUACUGGAAAAUGAUCAUCUGUACGAAUAAAAUGGAGUAUCCCCUAAGAACUCAGUGCCAGCGAGUCCAGAAACAGGUGAUGGUGAAUGGUGAGAAGGAGCGAGUUUCACUGUUGUUCAUGAAGGCUCUGGUCAGCAGGGGCAGUGUGGACGCAGUGUCCCAGCAGAUGGCCUCUCACCCUCAGUAUUUGGAGAGCUUCCUGCGUACACAGCACUACAUCCUGCACAUGGACGGUCCCCUGCCACUGCCAUACCGCCAUUACAUCGCCAUCAUGGCUGCAGCGCGACAUCACUGCAACUACCUUGUGUACCUGCACUCAGCCCAGUUCCUCCGGGUGGGUGGGGACCCUCUGUGGCUGCAGGAUUUAGAGGCAGCUCCCCCUCGUCUCCGCCUCCUUGACCACAUCAACAAGGUGCUGGCUCACCAACCAUGGCUGAUGGCCUGCUCACACAUCCAGACGCUGCUAAAGUCGGGUGAGCAAUGCUGGUCUUUGGCUGAGCUGGUUCAGGCUGUUGUGAUCCUGGCCCACUGCCACUCCCUCUGCAGUUUUGUGUUUGGAUCUGACACAGACUCAGACUUUGCCCCCCUCUCCAAAUCUCCUAACGGUACUCCACCGACCUUCUGCCCCUUCGAUGCUGCCAAUGGCAACACCAACGUGCCUCAGUCACUUGCCACUCCCUCCGAGCACAUAACACGUCGACGGUCUCUGGACUCCAGUAUUGACAUGACGUGUUUAAAGGAGAGGAUUCAGAAGUCACAGGAGGAGCGAGAGAAGAGAGAAGAACAGCUGCUGCAGACGCAGACACUCCAGCAAACAGAUAUGGAAGAAGAGGAGGAGUUGAUAUGCUUUGCCGACCCCUCGCGUUUUAUCACAGACCCUGACUUUUGCUAUCAGGAAUUCGCACGUCGAGAGGAGGACCACUUCCAAGUGUUUAGAGUUCAGGACUAUUCAUGGGAGGACCACGGCUUCUCAUUGAUCAAUAGGUUGUAUUCAGACAUCGGACAUCUGUUGGACGACCGAUUUCGUAGUGUGACCACCCUCCCAUCAUUGCACAGCCCUGACCUGAAGAGGGCGAUCUGGAAUUACAUCCAUUGUGUGUUAGGAAUACGGUAUGAUGAUUAUGACUAUGGAGAAGUGAACCAGCUGCUGGAGAGGGAUUUGAAAGUGUACAUUAAGGCUGUGGCCUGUUUUCCAGACGCCACCAAAACCUCUGUUUGUCCUCUCAGUUGGACUCCAGUGAAACCUUCAGAACGGAUACAUCUGAAUUUACUGAUCAUGGAGGCCCGGCUUCAGGCAGAGCUCCUCUACACCCUCAGAGCCAUCACUCAGUACAUGAUUGCCUAAAGUGCUCGGAGAGGCACAAAGUUUUAACUUUCCGCCGGUACAGAGAGACCAGACACGAGAGGACAAAAUCUCAACAGCAGAUAGCGAUGUGGGAUGACAGCAGCACUUUUAAGGAGACAGAGCACCGUCGUUUUGUUGCUGUGCCUCAUGAAUGUGCUCUUUUUUCUUUGUUCUUUAUUCAAUGUAUUUAUACCAUAGUGUGCCACACCCCUCCACAGCUCCUGCUAACUCUCUGUUGUGACGUCCUCUUAUCGAACAUCUCGGCUCUCAAAGGUUAUGUGCAAUUAUUACUAGAGUUGUUCUAAUUUUUAUCUGUUGUUUUGUAGCAGUGUGUUACCAGUGGCCAAUACUCUCCUUUAGUUUAAACAGUCCUUUUGUAUUACCUAUGCUUCCCCCCCAAAAAAUAUCUUUUUGUACAAGUUGAAUGUUAUUGGGAGACCAGGGCCUUUUCCUUUUUUUGUGACAAUCCUCGUUAGUGUUGGUGGGGGACAUUAAGUGGACUGUGAAGGAUAACAGUUUUACACUCCCGAACAUUUCGUAUUAAUGCUGGUCAAGAACAAACACAAAAGUGACACUGCUGGAAGUUAUCACAUCACUAUAGUUUCUUUUAAUAAGCACUUUUUUAAACUUUAUAUAUUUAUAAUGCAAGGUAGCUCAUUUGUAGAUGUGAGACCCACAGUAUGUGUGUCUUUGGCCCUUUUCUCCUACAGUAUGUAUGAUGUGUAAUAAACAUUUUAGAUUGUCCUCCCAACUUUCAGGCUUUGCUCUGUUUCAACGGUAGAUUCAUGAAUCUGGUCUGAGUUAUUGCUCAGUCACUGAGAGACUUUCACUGACUGAAUGGAAGGUAAUGAAACAAUGUUUCAAACAAAUAGUAAAAAAGACGAAAAUGUAAUGAAUCUGAAAAGGUUGUUUGUAGAGGGAAGAUUAAGCUGAGCCAUUCACUGGACAAUUGUUCUGUUGUGUACUGAUUUCUUCAGGAAUUAUCAAUAUUAUUAUUAUAAUAAUAAUAUUAAUAAUAUAAUAGUAGACCAAAGGUCAAAAAAAUAAACUAAACCCACAAUAAUAAAAUGAUUAAUUGGAUAGAGUAAAAUUACAGAGAAGUAAAUUUGCACUGGUCAUGAGUUGUGGUUUUGUGAGCUGUAUCAAAGCUGAUUAUCAAAUCAAAAUCCAUGGUACAAACAGAACAAUGUGCAAACUAGUUGUUGAAACAUGCAUCUUUCCUGUCUUUUUUUAUUUUUACAGUUUUUGUAACUAGAGUACUAUUUUGUUUUGUUUCUGGGUGUGACACUAGGUCCUGCUUGUUGUGCUGCAGCCUGGGUAGACGUAGAGGUGUGAAAGACUGUUUAGACUUUAGUGCAUAUCGACAAAAGCGCUGAAACACAGGUGCCUUCAGGCGAAAACUGGAGUGCUGCUGAAGUUGAGGGAUGUGACAACUGUCGGCUGAAUGUGGGCUUUGCAGCUGGGAAACACCAACUCCUCUGACACAUGCAACAUUGCUCUCCCACAUGAACAGAAACCGCACCGUUUCUGAAAGAUAAUACAGCCUUGAACGCCGGAGUUUUCUAUCGGACACUUCGUACGAGCCCCAGCAACUCAGCAAGAGCCUUUGACACAGAUGGAUGUUAAAACUGUUCAACUUUAGAAGAUAAAAAAGGACAGUUAUAUAACAAAAAAACAACCUAAAAAAAAGCUGAAGUAGGUUCAAAGUUCAAAUGUAAAAUGACACAAAAAAAAGUU